CCAAGAUGGCCGCGUGCAGUGUGGAAGCGCUGCUGGCUAAAGCUGAGCAAGAAGAGGCCGAGAAACUGAAGAGCAUCUCCGUCCAGAAAGACCUGGACCUGGAGUUUGACAUCGGGAACCUGUUGGCUACUGAUAAAACCCGCAUCGAGUCCCGGGACUUCAGGGGGCAGAAGAAAGAAGACUUUCUGCGCUCGUUAGCUCGCGACAACACGCAGCUGCUCAUCAACGAGAUCUGGAAACAGCCCUCGGAGAGAGUCGAUGAGGCGAUCGUCACCAAACUACCGGAGCAGACCACCCCGCUGCCCCGAGAGAAACCACCUCCGAAGCCGAGAGCGCCCACGAGAUGGGAAGAGUUCGCCAAGCUGAAAGGCAUCCGGAAUAAGAAGAAGACCAACUUGGUGUGGGACGAGACCGCGAAGGACUGGAGGAGGCGCUGGGGCUACAAGAGGGCCAAGGACGACACCAAGGAGUGGCUGAUCGAGGUGCCGGUGACCGCAGACCCAAAUGAGGACCAGUUCGCCAAACGGGCCCAUGCCAAGAAGGAGCGAGUGGACAAAAACGAGUACAACCGGCUGAAGAACAUCGCCAGGGCGCAGAAGGUGAAACUGCCCGGCGUGGGUCUGAUCCCCACACCCCAGCAGUCCAAGGAGGACCUGGUCAAAGCCGUGAGUGUGGCCAGAACCUCCACGGCGUCCGCCGGCAGGUUCCAGGACCGCCUGCCCAAAGAGAAACCGCCACGGAAAACGGGCAAGAGGAGGCAGUUUGAACCCCUCAUCGGGGACUUCGCCACCGAGAAGCAGAAGCAGCUGGAGCUCCUGAAGCACAUGGGCAGCAAGAAGCCCCAGCUGGACAUCAACAGGGCCGUCGACAAGCAGAUGAGAGAGGAGAACCGGGAGGAGGCCGCAGCCCGAUUCAAGAAGGGAGGGAAGAAGGGACGCAAAGGCAGCAUGUCUGGUGGGAAAGGUGGAAAGGGUGGGAAAGGCAAAGGGAGUUCAGGAAAAGGUCCAGGAAAGGGGGGGGCAGGAAAAGGAGGUCAAGGAGGUAAAGCUGGAGGGAAGAGGAGAGGCAAACUUGGGAAGCACUAAGGACUCUGUAUCCCGCUGGAUCUGUGUGUGCCUUCGCAUCUAAACAUCUGGACUCAAAAAUGAUGCAAUAUGAAAAAAGACUUCGAUUCAUCAUCUGUGGAUGAGGGGUGUGGUGUGACUCUGUCGUCUGUAAAUAUCAGUCCCAGCAUUCACGGAGGUCAGCUGAUUUGUUAUGUUUAUUAUUGAUGGAACAUUAAAAUCAGUAGAUUGUGGUAUUUUUGUCCCUGUUUUUUCAUUAAAUGAAUAAUUUGAAAAAGUCA